UCCUCAAGAUGCCUCACUCUUUCGGUUACCGAGCCCGUACGCGGCACAUGUUCAAGCGGGGAUUCAAGGAACAUGGUGCUAUUAAGUUGUCGACGUACUUGAUCAACUACCGUGUCGGUGACAUUGUCGACAUCAAGGCCAAUGCGGCCCAGCAAAAGGGUAUGCCCCACAAAUACUACCAUGGACGGACAGGCAUCGUGUACAACGUCACUCCCAGCGCUGUCGGUGUCAUCGUGUACAAGGUUGUCGGCAACCGAUACAUCGAAAAGCGUGUGAACCUCCGUGUUGAGCACAUCCGGCACUCAAAGUGCCGCCAGGAGUUCUUGGACAGGGUGAAGCGUAACGGUGAAGCGCACAAGGAAGCCAAGGAGAAGGGCGAGCGUGUUCAAUUGAAGAGAAUCCCCGCACUUCCUCGGGAAUCCCGCACUGUGUCUGUCUCUGGCAAUGCGCCCCAGACUAUCACGCCUGUUCGUUACGAGACAUUCAUUUAAUGGAUUGUACUGCGUCAUUUUUGCAUGUACCGUAUGUCUUUGCUACUGCCCAUGCCCACAUGCCGUCCGAAAAUAUGAAACCCUUUAAAAACAUUCAUUGGUGCAACCCCGAGGCCGCUGGUUAACGUGAACCACCCCGUGUCAUUUAUUCUCACAGGGA